AUGGAUCCAGAAGGGCCAACAGGAAGAUUAUGCACUUGGGUGGAAAGCCUUAAGUAUAAGGACAUCCCAACGGAUAUUCUAACAAGAGCAAAAUAUCUCAUCUUGGAUGGUCUAGCGUGCGGCCUCAUCGGCGCUCACUUGCCAUCGUCUGAGAAAGCCGCUGCCGCAAUCCUGGGCCUAGAAACGACAAGUGGUAGCGUAAGUGUUUUUGGCUGGGAGCGUAAGAUCGGGCCGCUCUCUGCUGUCCUUCUUAACGGCACAUUUAUACAGGGCUUCGAAUUGGAUGACUGGCACCGCGAUGCCCCUGUCCAUUUUAACUCUGUAUUGCUGCCCGCCUUGCUGGCGGCGGCUCAACACUACGGCCAUAGUGCGGGGGAUAACUCGGAAUUACGUUACUCUGGCAAAGAUCUGCUGCUUGCUUAUGUUGUAGGCUGUGAGAUAGGCCCGCGCGUUGGGCUAGGCCUUUGGGGGACCCAUGUUCUUUCCAAAGGCUGGCAUUCGGGCGCUAUCUUUGGGCCAUCAGCAGCCGCCGCCGCAGUAGCAAAGCUUUUUGGUCUCUCGGCAGCUGCCAUAGAAGAUGCCCUGGGGAUCGCAUGCACACAGGCCGGUGGGUUGAUGUCUGCCCAAUUUGAAAGCGAGGUUAAGCGGAUGCAGCAUGCGUUUGCCUCAAGGAACGGACUUCUGGCGGCAGUGCUUGCUAAGGGUGGCUAUAUUGGGAUUAAAAAGGUCUAUGAACGGGAAUAUGGUGGCUUUUUAGCCAUGUUCAGCUCUGGCAAUGGAAUGGAACCUCAGUUUAAGCCUGAUGAAGUGGCUAAAGGUUUGGGGGUGAAAUGGGAGAUCGAGGGAAUCAUGGUGAAACCGUAUGCGUCGAUGGCUGGGACGCAUUGCACGGUCGACUGUAUGGCUGAACUACGUAGAUCAUACCCCGAGCAAACCCGGGACUUUGCCAACUUCGAGAGCAUUCGCAUUGAGAUGAGCGAGCCCGCAUACCACCACGGCGGCUGGAAAGCUGUGCGGCCGCUAACCUCGACGGGUGCACAGAUGAGCAAUGCGUAUAUCGGCGCCGUAUACUUAGUAGACGAGCAAGUUACACCCGCACAAUUCCGAAGCGAUAAGCUGGACCGGGACGAGGUCUGGAGGCUGGUCGAUAUCACUACCUGCGAGCAUAAUCCGGAAUACUCCAAGUCUUCACAGGACAAAGCCAAGACGAAGGUCACCAUCACUUUCAGGGACGGAUCGGCACCGUUAAGUUAUGAGCAAAAUGCCCCGCGAGGUGUCCAGCCGCCACUCAGCAAUGAUGAGGUGUUAGAGAAAUGGCGCGCCGUGACUCAAGGUAUCGUUGACGAGGAAAGAAGGUCUAGAAUUGAGCAGGUCGUACUCGCGCUGGAUGAAUGUGAUGAUAUCGCCGCCAUUAGUCGGCUCAUGGUAGGCCCUACAGCCAACCCUCUAGCGUAG